AUGGCUGUAAAGGGCGGGACAAGAGGUAGAGGUCGUCCGGCGAAAAAAAGGGUUAAAACGACAUAUUCAUCAAUUACUGAGGACAGAAUUUCAAAACUACCUGAUGCAGUUAUUGUACACAUCUUGUCGUUUCUCCCCACUGUGGAUGUCGUUCGGACAUGCAUCCUUUCAAAGCGUUGGAAAUUCAUGUGGUAUUCAGUCCCCGUACUCUUUUUCUCCGAUGCUACUACUGAUUUUCAAUCGCCACAGGGCCUAGAAAAGUUCUACAAAUAUGUGGAUGAUUGUUUGGAACACCGAAAGAGAGUCAACGCUAGAGAUUUGACUAUUUUGGAGUUGGAAGGGUUAGAUUUGGAUGCUACCUAUUCAAUUGGACUUCCAGCAUUGAAAACUUUGUCGAUGAAAAACUUUUACUUUCAACAUGAAAAGGGUGAUGCAGUAUUUAAGCUUUUGUUGGAUUGCCCUUCCCUUGAGAAUUUGGUGUUAAAUUUGUGUGGUAACAUGGGUACUAUUGGUCAUCUGCUCCCUUUACAAAGUUUAAGCCUCAAGUUCAUAAAAAUUGAAAAUUUUGAGGAUGCAAUACCUUUUCAGGUUGAAGCCGUAAAUCUUGAGUCUUUGGUACUAAAUGGAUUUAUGUUUGAAAUCUCAAAUCUUUCUACCUGCAAGGCAAUAAGAAAUCUCUCACUAACUUUUAAUAGUAGUGUUGAAGACCCGGCAUCAUUAGAGUAUCUUAUUUCAAACCUUCCACUGCUUGAGAAUUUGACUUUGGAGGAUUGCAAUGAAUUGAAGUUGGAGAACAUUAAGAUAUCGAAUCAACAGUUGAGAAGUUUCAAUUUGAAGAAUAAAUAUACUAAAUAUGAUCAUGGAAUGAACAUUAUAAUUGAAUCAGCUCCAAAAUUAGCAUUUUUUUGUUAUGAGGGUGAUAUCAACUUCAUCCUAUCAAUAAAGUCCUCUAAUUUAUUGAAUGGAAAAUUCGUAAUUUCUAAUCUACAUGAGAACUAUGACCCAAAUUGGUUUACUAGUAUGAUGGUUUUUCUUCUAAAUCUCAAUUGUUCUUGGAAAGUUAUAACCCUGCAUGUGCACUCAGACAAGGAUCUCGUUUUGUCAGAAAAUUUCAAAAAGAUAUGUCGUUCUCCCUUGUUUAAUUGGAAGCAUCUCAGAGUUAUCACUGAUGAUAAGCCAGAAAAAGAAUCAAACCUGAAAGACUCCUUGAUGUGGAUCUCACCCUUUCUAGAAACAUUAUCUAUUAAUGAAAAGGUCAUACUUUAG